CACUUCGACUCCAGGUACCAAGUAGGAGGACCAGAGUUUCCAUUUAUUUUGGAUAGGGGGAGCUGCAAACACGCGCACCCACACUUCUCCGGAGCCGCGACAAGUCAAGGUGAAUGACGUCAUGCCAUUUGGGUGCCUUGCCCUGCGAGACGGGCGUAUGUACGAUAGCAUAUCUGAUGUCACGGACAAAUAUGAGAUUGGACAGGUCCUCCGAGCGAAGGAGUUCUGCGAGCUGUGCCUGGCCAAGGACCGACAGACAGACAAGGUGUUUGUCUGCAAGAAAUUCCUCAAGAAGGAUGGCAGAAAAGUCCGCAAGGCUGCCAAGAACGAAAUCAUGAUCCUGAAAUUGGUCAAUCACCCAAACAUACUUCAGCUGAUUGACACGUAUGAGACCAGGAAAGAAUACUUCAUCAUCCAGGAGCUCGCCACAGGAGGAGACGUAUUCGACUGGAUUCUGGACCAGGGGAAUUACACGGAGAGAGACGCUUCCAAUGUCAUCAGACAAGUCCUCGAGGCUGUGGCUUACUUACACUCCCUCAACAUAGUUCACAGGAACCUGAAGCUGGAAAACCUUAUGUACUACACAGAAAACAACCACAACAAAGUAGUUCUGCGAGAUUUCUACCUGUCCAGGUUUGAGAACGGGCCCAUCACAGAGCCUUGUGGAACACCAGAGUACCUGGCUCCUGAAGUGGUGGCUCGGCACCGAUAUGGUCGUCCUGUGGACUGCUGGGCUGUGGGUGUUAUAAUGUUCAUACUCUUAUCAGGUAACCCUCCUUUUUAUGAUGAGACAGAGGAGGAGAACACAGAUCUGCAUAAUCGCAUCAUCUUCUGUCGCAUUGUCGCUGGGGACUUUGAGUUUGAUUCUCCUUACUGGGAUGAUAUUUCACCUGCAGCUAAGGAGCUCGUCUGUCGACUUAUGGAGGUGGACCAGAUGCUCAGAAUCACUGCACAAGAUGCUCUCUGGCAUGAAUGGAUUGCAGGGAAUGGGGCCUCAGAGAAAAACCUAAAGGAUGGAGUGUGUGCCCAGUUUGAGAAGAACUUUGCGAAAGCCAAGUGGCGGAAAGCGAUCCGUGUGACCACCUUCAUGCAACGACUGAAGAAUUCAGAGGCUUUAAUUGACAGUUCAGCCGAAGGUCAGGGCAGCGAAGAGACAGGAGACGGCGAGGGCGAGGGCGGUGUGUCUCAGGGUACAAGUGAGGAGGGAGACAAGGGGACAAGCGAUGGAGGGGUGACAUCAAGUAGUGUGUCUUUAGAGGUCACCGUUGAAAACACGCCACCAGGUAUGGACCAGGAUGAAGGGAGGAGUAAGCUAGAAGAAAAACUUGAGGAGAUAAACAUGACUUUAGGCCCGUCUGUGGGCACUUCCCCUUCAGAUAUUCAGGAGCCUCUCUGUCCGACACAUGCAGCCACGAAAUUCACAGAAGAGGAACCAGAAAUGAUUGGUUCAAAGAAGGCAGCAGGUGAUGGAGCCAGAAAAAUGGCUGCCAAUUUGGGUCAAAAUAGAUUUCCUCCAGAAUCCAAACCGACCCCUGAGGCGACGCAUGACCCCUCCAAGCUGUCCGAUGGUUCUUCAGGCACUAAUCUUGACAAAAAACACAAAUCCAUGUCACCUGAUCCCAGCAGCAAACGUAAAAUGGCUGCAACGCUCCAUGGCACUCCGCCCAUAGCAUCUACUGACACCACGGCCUCGCCAGACAAGAGAGGAGCCGCUCAGAAGGGACAAAAGGACGAGACUGAUGGAAGCUGGUGUCAGACACAACUACCAGAGGCUGUGGCAGAAAGGUCAGUGGCAGCAGCAGUCACUCCAGCUAUAGGGCCCGGAGCAGUGGCAGAUGUAGGACUAGGAGUUAGUUUAAGGGGUGAUGCUAGCCCUAUUGGUAGAAGGGAUCAGGAUUCCAGGAGAACAGACAGAUACAGUGCUGAGUUUAGCGUAGCUCGGGCAGGUCCUGCAACCGGACAGGGUUGUUACACAGUUGGCAGUUCUGCAAGCUUGGGUCGUCAUACCACACCUUACAACCCAGAAGUUGGGAUGGGGAUAGCAGGGAGCUACGUGAGUCCAUACAGCUCCCUGUAUACUAGUGGCGGAGGGUUAGCAUUAUAUGGGACAGGGCUACAGCAUGGAGGAGGCGGGAGCAGCUCUACAAGCGACUGGCAAAUGGAUAGCGUGAUAGAGCAGAUAGAGAAGCAAAUGGCAGCCGUGCUGGAGAAGAUUGAGGGAGACAUGCCCUCGCUACUGGAGCAGAUCAGUGACUGCCCCGCCGAACAGCCACGAGCCCGGAGCACACACACCUCGCCCGCCACCUCCCGCGCACACUCCUCGACUGCAACUUCAGCCACACCGCCACCUCUUCCCACCUCUCCCAGGCCCGCCCUGCCGUCUCUCCCCCGCCUUACUAUCCCUCCGCCAUCCUACCCCCCACCCUCUCCACCCACACAAGCCUCACCCCAGGCAGCAGGAGAGCAGGAAGACGGGGAUGGACAGAGGGGUGCUGCACAUCACAGCCAGUCUCCGAGAGCUGGGUUGGGCAGGGGUCUAUGAAGCAGGUGUCGAUGUAAAACCCAACACCUGCAGCACUGGAUUUAAAGUUUAAAUUGGAGGGUUUAACAACGCUCACCCAGAAGUAUUAUCCCGUUUGCUCACCAGGAGAAAAGUAACCAUACACAGUGUUGCUUGGUUUGGCUGUGUAUUCAUACUGAGAUGGCCGUUUAGAGAAAUCUCCCUAUGACACUCAAAUAGCUGGGGUCUAAGGGGAGUAGAGUACUUUGUCUGUCUUUAUGGCAGCUGCAGAGACAAAGAUCGCACCAAGUUUGUAUUUUAAAUCUAGAUUGUGUGCAUGAAUGCACUCCACACAAUCACCUCAUACUGAAAUCCAAGCUCAAAAUCGCAAAGCUACACAAGUAAAAUAAGCUGAGCAAUUAUUUUGAUUUGCAUUUUUCCCAGAAAAUGUAAAUAAAAACCUGGAUUCCUAGUCUUUGCUCAUGUCGUGACCUUCCUUCUAUCCAAACUGACAUUUAACCUAUUUUUUCAAAAUCUGCUCACCCAUUUUGAUUGUAGUUUUCAUUCCUUUUUAUUUAUGUACCUAUUCCUUGUACAGUGAGGCUGCUAUAUCAUCAGCUCGCAGUUACAAUGUUGUACAGAAGUAUGUGAAACUAAACUGAUCAAGCAUUUCCACUGGCGGCUGGAGACAGAUUAUUUGUUAUAUAGUGUCCUUAAACUUGAACCAUCACUCAGAGUCUUGUGAGCUGCUCCACACAUGUUGGAGGGCUGGGGAAAAAGGUUUAGAUGCAAGAUGUUAUUGUAUAAAGGCUUUGCAAUAAAACACACACAUAUUUCCUCUUCUUUUUCCAAAGUUCUCCAAAAGUCCAGACCAUAGACUGCAUAAAAAGAUGGACGAUGCAUCUCCACUUACUCUCCGUACAUCAGAAAAUUAUGAGGUCCUGUCAAUACACACACUCGACCAAUCGCGAGUCAGUCUCCGCUAUCAAUCAUCUCAGCCCAUAGCAUUAAAUAACGAAUUAAAACCAGACUGAUAAAUGAACACUUGAACCUACAUCAGCAUGAUAAGAACUACCCAAAAUCACAAAAAACAUUAUUGACAAAAGAUUAUUUGACGUGUACUUUUACUUUUUAAUGUGGUCCAUGUCCCAUCUGCUAUCAUGGAGGAGGUGGGGUUUAUGACCUAUCCAGCAGCCAGCCAACAGGUGGCGAUCAGGACGUUUUGGCUUCACUUUUUGGGGAGAAGUCAUGUCGUCCAUCUUUAUAUACAGUCUACAGUCCGGACCAGAAAGCUUGUUUUGUUGACACAUUCAUUUGGUUCUGUUAAUUGGACAGUGCUGUCUGUAGUUGCUACUUUUUAUUGUGUAAAAUUUCUGAAUUCCAUCCUGCUUUUAAAUCUAUGUAAAACCAGUUUCUGUACUUAUUUCCCUCCACAUGUCUACACAUCCACUAUUCUGUCC